AUGCAGCAACACGAGGGCGCCCCCAACGCUCCUAGCGGGCCCCGUCUCCAGUCGAGCUUCCACAGGCAGAUGAACGGCGGUGGCCACCACGGCUUUUCCCACGGCGCCUUUGCGACCAACCAGCCCGGCUAUGGCGACCGACACCCGGAGAGGGCAAACAACAUGUCCAUCAACACUGGAAGACUCAACCCGGGCAACCAGAACGGCAACGACUUGCAAACCCCAGGCACCGGCUUCGACAUGAACUUCACUCCUCUGCUUCCGUCCCAGCUGCUUCUUGGUAGCCCCUUCCAGCCAGGCUCGCCCUCCGCUUUCGCUUCCCCGCAGUUCCAGAACUUUGCACAGUUCGCCGGUCAGAACCAAUCGCAGCAGCAGAACCACCAGUCCAACCAUGUUGGCAGCCCCUUGCAACAGCCUCUCUCACCGCAGCUUUACCAGAACAUGGUGUCUCCCACCAGCGGUUUCUUCGGUGGUCCGCAGUCGCCUACCGGAGGUUUCCCUGGUUACGGCGCGCAGGGUCUUGGUGGGCUCGGCUCCUCCAUGCCGAUCGCGCCUGGUCUCGUCUCCGGAACUAGCAGGACCGUAUACUUGGGCAACAUUCCUCCUGAGACUUCCGCAGAGGAGAUCCUUGGCCACGUACGCAGUGGCCAAAUCGAGUCCGUCAGGCUUCUGCCAGACAAGAACUGCGCCUUCAUCUCCUUCCUCGACAGCAGCUCCGCCACCCACUUCCACUCUGACGCAAUCCUCAAAAAGCUAUCAAUCAGAGGCCAGGAUAUUAAGAUUGGAUGGGGAAAACCGUCGCAGGUUCCCACAUCUGUGGCCUUGGCAGUACAGCAGUCGGGCGCUUCCCGCAACGUAUACCUGGGCAACUUGUCCGAGGAUGUUUCAGAGGAUGAACUUCGUGAAGACCUCAGCAAAUUUGGCCCCAUCGACACUGUCAAGAUCGUCCGGGAGAAGGCUAUCGGUUUCGUUCACUUUUUGUCAAUUGGCAAUGCCAUCAAGGCUGUUUCUCAGCUUCCCCAAGAGCCCAAGUGGCAGGCUCCCAGGCGCGUCUACUAUGGCAAGGACCGAUGCGCAUACGUUUCCAAGACCCAGCAACAGAACGCUGCGCAAUACCUUGGCAUCGCUCCCGGAUACGCCCAUGUUCUGAACGGUGCCGACCGCGAUAUGAUCUCCAAUGCGCUUGCUCAGCAAUCCGUAGCUGCUGCCGCUGUCGCGACGUCUGCUGGAGGAGUCAACAACUUGGGUAACCGAACAGUGUACCUUGGGAACAUCCACCCGGAGACUACCAUCGAAGAGAUCUGCAACGUUGUUCGUGGUGGUCUCCUUCAUCACAUUAGGUACAUCCCGGACAAGCAUAUCUGCUUCGUUACUUUCAUCGACCCAACAUCGGCCGCAUCGUUUUAUGCCCUCAGCAACCUGCAGGGACUGAUGAUCCAUAACCGUCGCUUGAAGAUUGGUUGGGGUAAACACUCUGGUGCUCUCCCCCCGGCGAUUGCCCUUGCUGUCAGUGGUGGUGCUUCCCGUAAUGUAUACAUUGGCAACCUGGAUGAGUCCUGGACAGAGGACCGUCUGAGGCAGGAUUUCUCCGAGUAUGGCGAAAUUGAGCUGGUCAACACUCUGCGUGAGAAGAGCUGUGCAUUUGUCAACUUCACCAACAUUGCCAAUGCUAUCAAGGCAAUCGAAGCGAUCCGUGGUCGUGAUGAAUACAAGCGAUUCAAGGUCAACUUCGGAAAGGACCGAUGCGGUAACCCUCCCCGCCAGAUGAACAGCCAGCAGGCUCAGGCCCAGCAAGCUGGUAGCGACGGCCUUCAGUCACCAUCGCCGAUCAACGGACUACACCCUAACCGUGCUGGUGCCUCAGUCUCGCCGACUGGCUCUGGCGCCCCAGGCUCUGGCCAAAGCACCAACGGACAGUUUCCCUCUGUUCAAGCACCUGCUUCAGGUAACAUCAUGAACUCUGGCAACAACAAUCCCCUCAUGAUGUACCUGCAAGCUCAGCAACAGCAGCAGCAGCAACAACAGGUUGAGGCUAGCAUGCAACAACAACAGCAGCAGAAUCAGCAGCAACAGCAGCAGCAAUCGUUCCAGUCGCCGCAAGCUGCAUUCUACGGCGCUGACUUGAACACCCCUCAGCCACACCACUCUCACAGCUCCCAUCAGAGCACCUCGAGCUUCAGCCUGAUUAACGGUACCUCAGCUGGUGGCUCUGGUACUACUACUGUUGGUGGUCUCCUUGCGCCCUCGAACCUCAACUCUCGUGGUCAACACUCCCGUGCCGUCAGCCUUCCUGCUUUCACUCAAGGUCCCUUCAACCACUCUAUGCAGCAAACUCAAGCACCCCAGCAGGGUUCCUUUGGCAGCCUGAGCUCCGGCAUCGGUGGCUUUGGCAGUGGUAACGGUGGUUACGGUCUUGCCAUCCAGGGUGACGGUGGUCUUCCUGGCUGGGCCGAAGAGGAGGUCGGUGCGCAGUAA